UCUAAUAAGAGUUUAGCUCGACUGGCUCUAAGUGCCAGUGGUCACUGUUUGUUUCAUCGAGUCAGAAGGCAAUUGUAGGCAGCUGUUGUGACUUUGGUGAAUUUGAACGUAAUAAUGGCUGCGCCCAAUCCACCGGUACUACGCGAUUUCGACGUCAUAUUGCGGAAGAAAUUGGGUGACAAAUUGAUCGUCGACAGUUUCGAAACGAGCAAUUUGGUAAGCCCGGGAGAGAACACCGGGAGUACCAUCUACAAGGUCGACGUAGUGGUCAGACGCAACGGGCGAGACUCCGAACCGGAGAAACUGGCGCUUGUGGCGAAAAUGUUGCCGCCGCAAGUCGUCCGCGAGAUGGUCGAUAUUCCGCACACCUUUCGAAAGGAGGCGAGCAUGUUCGAAGAAAUAAUACCCGAAUACGUCGCUUUGGAGCGAGAAUGCGGUUUUCCGGAAUCGGAACUAUUCGACGCAGCGCCGGAUUAUUACGGCACGAGAUUUUCGCUCGAGGAAGGGGAGGACAAGUUCGACGAAGACACCGCGAUACUGAUGGAGAAUUUGAAAGCGAAAAAUUAUUACUGCUGCGCACGGAAGAGCGGCCUCGACUACGCUCACUGUAAAUUACUCGUGGAGGCCUUGGCGCGAUUUCACUCGUUAGCGGUCGCCUUGAAAUUGAAGAAGCCAGCCUUGUUCACGGAGUUGAAGAAACUAACUAAGCCCGUCGAAUUCGAUCACAACCUGAUAUCGAGCUCGGAUAGCGCUCUCCUCUCAAACUUGAGAAAAUGUCCGAGCCUUGCGCCGCACAUCGGUAAGAUCGAAAAGGUCUUCAGUGAUUUCAAAACGGAGAUGUUAUUCGCUAAACCCGACGAGCCCUGGGGUUCCAUAGUUCACACGGAUUUAUGGUUGAAUAACGUGAUGUUUUGCGCCGACGAUAGCGGAAAACCGAUCAAGGUCAAGCUUAUCGACUUUCAAAAUUACUUGUACUCGAACCCGAUGAGAGAUCUCGUCGUCUCGUUGUUCUCGAGUGCUCAACAGAACGUACGUUCGGAGCACAUGGACGAAAUGAUCGAUUUGUAUUACCGUAAUUUCGUAUCCAAUCUGAAACGACUCGGUUGCAACGUUGAUUCGUUCAACAGAGCUUCAUUCGACAAAGAAUUGGCGUCUGCUGUGAAACUCGAGUACAAGCAUUGCUUGAUGAUACUCAAAGUAUUGGCUCAAGAUCACGUCGAAGAAUUACGAGACGUCACCGCAAUUGUGGACAAUCUCUGCGCAUCCGAUUACAGUCCGGCAACUCUUAAAGUUAUGGCCGAAACAACGCUGAAGCUGAUCGAAAGAAACUGGCUUUAAUGUAUCGCUUGCACUUUUUGGUAAUCCCUACUUACGACUUUAUCUCAAGUGUGUGAAUUCAAAGACUCAGAAAAGACACUCUCAUUCCAAAUAUGUUAUCUUCUUUUUCUUUUUUUUUUUUUGAUAAUUUUUUUCCGAGGCUAGAGUAUAGUUAUGCUGUUUCAUUCACUGACGGUAUUCAGUGAGUCGUGUUAUUCCGUUUAUAAUAUUUAUUAGUUAGCGCAAUAUCAGCACAACAUAUGUAUAUGAAAAUAAAGUAAAUAUUCUUAUCUUCAAUUACAA